GCGUUGAACAGCCCAUUACGGACGCCAUGUUGGUGACUGCCGUACUCCUCGCUCUCUCGUUGUGCCUCGUGACAGUGCUGUUCAGUAUGGCGGCGAAAGCACUUCAACUACUUCAAGAAGUUGGGCAUACCAGGCCCGGAACCGAAUCUUAUAUGGGGAAACCUCGCAGAGUACCAUUCCAUGGAAAGUUACAAGGUUCUUGGCAAAUGGAUUGAAAAGUAUGGGAACGUAUUCGGGUUCUUCAAUGGCGACGCACCAUUCGUCGUGUUGAACGACCUGGAUUUUAUUGAAUACGUGUACGUUCGGAACUUCCAAAACUUUGUGGACCGUGGUUUUAAUAUGAUGACAGACCAGAUGCAUCCUGUGCUCGGAAAAUCCCUCUUGCUUAUCGGAGGCCCCGAGUGGAAGGACAUCCGCAGCACAGUCGCCUACAGCAUGAGUGCUGCCAAGCUGAAGAUGAUUAUGCCACACCUGGAAGAAAACGCUGACGUCUUCAUUAGGACACUGGAAAAGUACGCCGACACGGACAGGGAGGUACACAUGCUGCCGGAGUUUGAGCAGCUCUCAAUGGACUACACUGCACGAGGGGUGUUCGGCAUCGACGAGCAUUUUCAGGGCAAUCUCGAUCAUCCACUCUUCAAUACCGCCAGAGGAGUCUUCAGGGGCAUCAUGAAGGGUCCCUUGCACAUGAUCGCACAGAGCACAACUAUGUUCAAGAAAUGGAUGAAACCGUUUUACUGGCUAACCACGGUGAUCGGAGAGUUCAGCUUCGAGAAACUUGGCAAAGAGACGACACAAAUUAUUGAAAUGAGAAAGAAAGACCCCUCGCUGAGAAAGCCCGACAUCCUUCAGAAUCUGAUCGACGCGGAGUUGGCCAACGACAUUGCCAGCAGCAACGGUGCACGACGUCUGAACGGACUUUACAAACAAAGGCAGGUGUCAUCAGCCGCAAUAGCCUCGAGCGCGAUUUCAAUCUUCCUCGGCGGGUUUGAGAGCACGUCUACGUCGCUGAGCUACAUCGUUUUCAACCUCGCCAAGUACCCGGACGUUCAAGAAAAGGCUCGCGAUGAAGUCUUGGAAGCCUUGUCUACAUCGGGCACGCUGGACUACGACACCACCAUGCGGAAACUGAAGUACCUUGGUCAAGUUGUGGAUGAAACGUUGCGGUUGUAUCCACCGGGACUGCUAUUUGUGACGAGGAAAGCCAAAGAAGAUUUCGAGUACCACGGCGUCAAGUUCAAAGCUGGAACUGCGUUUAUGGUGUCGCAGUACCACUUGCACAGGAAUUCUCAGUGUUGGACCGAUCCGGACGAGUUUUACCCGGACAGGUUCGCACGAGAAAACGAAGCACUGCUGCGCAAGGUAGCGCAUGCACCGUUCGGCAUAGGACCACGAAACUGCGUUGGCUCGAGAUUAGCCAUGCUCAGUCUGAAAUACACCUUGGCCAGAAUGUUGCAGAAGUAUCGCCUGGAACUAGGACCGUCUCAGAUGGGUUCCAUGGUAAUGGACACUUACAGUUUCGCCUCGAUUCCUGCUAGGGGUCCAUGGAUAAAACUUUACCGGGUUUGAACAAAGAAAAUAAUGUAGUUAGUUUGCAGUUAAUGACUGAAAGGAAACAAAAAAGUUGUGGCGAACGACCCCACGUUCAACAUUGAGAAGAUUGCGGGGCCAUAAUGUCCUUUCGCUGGACGUGUGCGCCUGUUGGAUACUUUAAGUGUGGAAACUUGGGCAAGUUGGUAGGACAUAACUUAAUGUACGAACCACGAUACCUAGAAGUAGCUACAGCGCAACUAAGGAAGCGAAAAAACAAGGAUAGCUAAGAGUGCUGAUCUAUCCUAGUUUUUUUUAGCUUACGUAGUUACGAUGUAACUACUUCUAGGUCUAGGCUGUUCGCUCAUUCAGUUACACUCGGUAUAUUUAAAUAACUGACAUGUUUUAUUUAUAUAUCUUCCACGUUUUUAUAAACCCAAAACCUGUUCAACACGUACUUUUGCACGCUGCACUGUGCAGUCUCCAGUCGAAGGCUGGAAUUUCGUGGGCUUACACGUGCCUAAACUAAGAUGUGAUUAUGAAAGACGCCGCAGCAAAUGAUUGAAGACCAGUACUACAGACCAUCUAGUGUUCUUUCGACGUGAAAAUAAAUAUAUGUUAGCGGAAUCAA